GCCCAAACAUCACUAAAUUUGGGAAGGGGACACGCUUUUAGGGACUAUGCUUCUUCUUUACCCAUGGAGAAUCUCUUGAGGGGAUUUCCGAUUCCACCAUUGAUGCUCCAUUUUUCGGCAAUGAGUUUUGGAGCUCACUUUCACUAUAGAACCUCAAAACCCUAAAGCCUUAGUGAAGUGCUGAAACUACUUUUGCUGGAGCAUAUAAUCCUUUGUUUGCCUUGGUGAAGUGCCGAAACUAGUUUUUGCUGGAGUAUAUAAUCCUUUGUUUAUCACGCAUUGAUGCCUACCCGUGGUGUUCUCUCUGCUCUUCGCUGCUAUCGUCAUCGUUAUCAAGGAUCUUAUUCCCUCUCUGCAGCUCUCGAUAAAUUUGACUUUGGCGCUUUUCACACUUGCUCAUCCGAAAUCAAAGAAGAAACUAAACCUCAUUUCGAUGCUUAUCAUAGAUUUCAAUGCAAUCCAUAUUCAAAUUUCAGUGGAGGUCAGGGGCCUUCAUUCGCAUUGCGCAGUAUAUUCUCGGUUAAUUCUUCGCUAAAUGUGGUAUCGUCUUCAAUUUCCAGAAAUAGUAGUCACCUGUUCCUCAGCCGCGAAAAUUGCUCUUUCAGGGUUGAUUACCAGACCAAAGAAGUUAAAGACAAUAGAAGUGGUGGAUGAUCCUGGGCCCUUGUCGCCUUUUGUCGCCUCUCGCCGUCAAAAACACUGCUUUGGGAUUUGGACACAGCCACUAUGCCAGCGAGCAGUCACAACAGCUUUAUGGUGCAAUUUUCUUGUUUUUUCCCUGAAGUUUGGGGUCUGGUUUGUCAGUUCCAGCCAUGUCAUGCUGGCUGAAGUUGUGCAUUCAGUUGCGGAUUUCGCAAAUCAGGCGCUUCUUGCUUAUGGUUUAAGUAGCUCCAGACGUGCACCAGAUGCUAUCCACCCAUACGGCUACUCCAAGGAAAGAUUUGUCUGGUCUUUGAUAUCUGCUGUUGGUAUCUUUUGUCUUGGCUGUGGUGCUACUAUAGUUCACGGAGUACAAAACUUGUGGACUACUGAGCAACCUACAAAUAUUGGAUAUGCAGCACUGGUGAUUGGUGGCUCAUUCAUUAUAGAGGGUAUUUCUCUCGUUGUGGCUAUUCAAUCUGUCAGAAAAGGAGCUGCUGCUGAAGGAAUGACAGUGAGAGAUUACAUUUGGCGUGGUCAUGAUCCUACAGCUGUAGCUGUCAUGACAGAGGAUGGUGCUGCUGUUACAGGUCUAGCCAUUGCUGCCGCAUCAUUGGUUGCUGUAAAUGCCACUGGAAAUCCAAUUUAUGAUCCCAUUGGUUCGAUUAUAGUGGGCAAUCUUCUAGGAAUGGUUGCUAUAUUUCUGAUUCAGAGAAAUCGACAUGCUUUGAUUGGUAGAGCAAUUGAUGACAAUGACAUGGACAGGGUUCUUCAGUUCCUGAAAAAUGAUCCAGUUGUUGAUUCCAUUUAUGAUUGCAAAAGUGAGGUGAUUGGGCCUGGGUUCUUUAGGUUUAAGGCUGAGAUAGACUUCAAUGGCGUAGUGCUGGUUCAAAAUUAUCUAGAGAGAGCUGGACGUGAAGAGUGGGCUAAACAGUUUCGAGAGGCUUCAGAGCAGAAGGAUGAUGCAGCUUUACUGAAAAUGAUGUCAAUCUACGGUGAGGAAGUUGUCACAGCACUAGGGAGUGAAGUUGAUAGGCUAGAAAAAGAAAUCCAGGAAAUAGUUCCAGGCAUUAGGCAUGUGGACAUUGAAGCCCAUAAUCCAAUUGUGCCAACCCCAUGAGUAUAUAGCUUAAUAAAUAUAUUGAGCUAUGCGAACUUGUUCAAAUUAUAACAAAAUGGCAUACAUGAUUGAUGAAUUCUGGGAAUAUCAUUAAAGCUUGGAUGCUACCAAGGAAGCUUUCUCUACACCGACAUUUCAGUGUAGGGGAUAAUGAUCCUCUGCUUAUAUUUUUCUUGUGAGAAAGAAUAGAAGCUUUUAAUCAUUUCCAGCUACGGUUGUGCUAGUGCAAAGAAACUCAGUGACAUAUGAAAGGUGCCUUGGAGAGAUUAGAUAUCCAUUAUUAGCAGUGUAAAGAACGGUUCCUGGUUAUUACUCUCUAUACUAUCAAUUGUUAUUAUGUAAUAUAUGAACAUUAGAGACAUCAGACAAGUGAUAAUUCUACAGGGACGAAUUUUUUUUUAUUUUCCAUAAA